AUGGUAUUCCCUACCCAGCCUUUCACGCCGCAUCCCACCCAGCCAUUCCCACGGUUUUACGUCAUUCGACCGGAUAACACCGUUGUUCCUUUGCUUGCGAUCGACGAGCUGCCAACGUGGCUACAGGUUGGGAAUUGGGACUGGAGCGAUCCGUCUCUGUUUUACGGAAUGGUUCCAGCAAGCAUCUACCAGGUUCCUCGCCUUGGCGAAUAUGACGUGAUUUGCCAAUAUUGCUGUUCUGGUCUCGAGGCUCUCCAGCGGAGUAUAUCGCAACACAGCGACAAUCCGAGCCAGCAACCCCAACCCCAGUCUACCGAUGAUCGCAGGUCCUAUCCCGGAGCAUCUCGUGAUCCAUCUCGAGAGUUUUUCCCCACGAUUCCUGGGUACCAGCAUUACAGCGUCUAUGCAGAACCGCCCUUCCAGGCAAACCUUCGAAGCCAAUACGCAGGAUUCUGUUUGGUCGACUGGCGCUGUCCCGACACGAUCCUCUACUCAAGCUAUUCUACUUCCCCGUGGAAUUCCUCUUUCUGGUCCUCUUCCAAGCAGUCAGGAUGCGUCGGUCCUCAGAAAGAUCAACCUGGUCGGUCGCCCCCUUUAAACCCUGAAGCCUGUGACUUUAAACCGCCAGCCAAGUCCAAGGGAGCUAUCGACAGUCCUUCCAGCUCUUCCAGGGAGGAUGAGUUCAAGGCCAACAUAUUCUCCCCAAACUCUGCCUGGACAUCGUUGUCCUCGGGUCUCAAUGCACGUCCCGAGCCCGACGAGAAACCGUCUGUAGCCCCAGGGAUUAAUGUCCGACAGCCAUCUCCCGCAGAAGCGCCAGAGAAAACAAAGGAUGCCGGUCCACAAUCCGGACGAAGCCUGGGUGAUAUGGUGUCAAGUCUCAAGCAGGUUCUGGGGAUUGAUGCCAAUCCAAAAGCACCCCAGAACGUGAAAGAAAACAUUCCGGAAGGCGCAGAAAACACCGUUCAGGUUCAGGGCGAAGUUGGCCAAGCCUCAAGGGAUACAGGUCAUACUCAUGGUCACCCUAGUCCCAAGGGAAGGAGAUAUCGGCGAAGACGCGUUCGCGUCAGGCACCAAAUCCUCAUGAAAGAAACAUCGACAGGGGAGGAUGGGAAUGCCAGAAAGGGAUCCUCUGCUGCAGCCAGACGGAGACGAGCCGGCAAGAUGAGAAGGCAUCACAGUGAAUUUGACGGGGGGAGUCGAUACCGGCAGGUGAUGCAGAGUCCGAACUGGAGAGAGAACGCUGGGAGGGCGCAGUGA